AUGGACGACUACGACGUCGUACAGCAGAUUGGACGCGGCUCGUAUGGACGUGUUUUUUUAGUGAAAUGUACAACGACGCAACGUAGGUACGCGCUAAAAUGUCACAUAAACGCAGCCGACGCUAGCGUUUCACAAUGUGCGAUCAGAGAACUUUCAUGUUUGAAAGCGCUACAAGGACACCCUAAUAUAAUUGAAAUCGAAAAGUGUUUUAUGUACGAGAACGAAAUAGCGACACUAAUGCCCUACUGUCCUCUUACAUUACAUCGAGUGCUAUUCCGAUAUCCGCGCGUCCCGUUACCGCUCGCGUUUGUGAGCCGAUUUUCCUGCGAGGUUGCAAACGCGCUUGCUUAUAUGCACGCGCGAAACAUAAUACACAGAGACCUUGUUCCUUCGAACGUAUUGCUUACAGACACGCUAAACGUGAAAGUUUCUGACAUGGGACUUUCGAGGUACGCUGUAGCACCGAUGAGUACAACGGUGGUCACAGAACCGUACAGGGCACCCGAGUUGUUUUACGACGGGGAUACGAUGAACUACACGUGUGCAAUUGAUAUGUGGAGUCUUGGGGUUAUGAUUGUGGACGCAACGGAAAUUACCAUGGUUUUCCUUCGUGGAAAAAGACCAUCGUCUGAGUCCACGUACACUAUCAUCAUGCGCACCUUCCAAACCAAGAACGAUGUACAACCGUGUUAUAAUAAGACGAUGCCCAAUGUGAUGGCAUGCGAACACACUACAAGAAUCGUUUUUAAACUCUUGCGGUUGCAACCAAGCGAGAGAUGGACGGCUCGCGAGCUGCUCGCAGACAAUGAGUGGAAAAGUCUGUCGAGUGUUUCUUUAGACGAUAUAAACACCAUCAGAGACCAUGUGAUGAACUAG